AUGCGGACAUGGCAGCGAACCUUUGCCACGUCUGCUGCCAGACUAAAUCAUAAUGCAGCAGGACGGAGCAGCGGGUCCCCCCUCCUGCGCUGUGCGGAGGUUCUGCGGAAGAAUAAGGCGGGCCGCUGCCAAUACGAAGACCAAGAGAUCAAAGUGAACGGCUUUAUCCGCUCUGUCCGGAAACAGAAGCGUUUCGCGUUUGCAGAGAUCUCGGAUGGGACGACGAUUGAGCCCUUGCAGGCGAUUUUGAAGCCGGCGCAGGCGUGCGAGCUGGCUACGGGGACGGCGGUUGAGAUUUCUGGGUUGUGGAAGGCGUGUCCGCCUGGUAAGGAGCAGAGCCAUGAGCUACAGACGACGGAGGUGAAGGUGGUGGGCAGAGCGGAUCCGGAGACAUAUCCCAUUCAGAAAAAGUACCACAGCCCCGAGUUCCUCCGUCAGAUUCCUCACCUUCGUCUCCGGACACCGUUCAACUCCCUCCUCUCGCGGUUCCGUUCUGAGUGCCUGUACCAGCUGGGCAAUGUGUUUCGCAACGCGCCCCAUGGCGGCUUUGUCCAGGUCCAACCCCCGCUGAUCACGUCAUCGGACUGCGAAGGCGCUGGCGAGACGUUUACUGUGGUACCGCGCGAAGCGGCGACGGGAUCGGCGUCAGACAAUGAGGGGGAACAUUUCUUCCGGGCACCCAAGUACCUGACGGUGUCGUCGCAGCUGCAUCUGGAGGCCUACGCGGCGGAGCUGGGCAACGUAUGGACGAUCACGCCAGCCUUCCGUGCGGAGAAGAGCGACACGCCGCGGCACCUGAGCGAAUUCUACAUGCUGGAGGCGGAGAUGAAUUUCAUGGAUGACUUGGGGGCGCUCACAGAUUCCGUCGAGUACACGCUCCGCGACCUGACUCUCCGGUUAUACAGAUCGCCAGUCCGGCAGGAGAUGCUAUCUGCGAAGCGAUCGGGUGAGACGGGCGAGGAUCCUACGCAUGGAGCUGUGUCGGGUCUACAACGGCGAUGGAUCGACCUUGUGGAUGGGCCCAAGUGGCGGCGGAUGACAUAUACACAAGCCAUAGAGCUGCUCCAAUUGGCGGUGGCCAAGGGGCAGGUAUCGUUCGAGUACGCGCCCUCUUGGGAUGGCGGUCUGCAGCUCGAGCAUGAGAGGUACAUCGUCGAUGGACUCAACGACGGCCAGCCAGUCUUCGUGACCGACUAUCCCAAGGCCGUCAAGCCGUUCUACAUGGCGCCAUCGCAAGUGUCAGAAGAGCGCGAUUCCACACCCGGGGAGACGGUCGCAUGCUUCGACCUGCUUCUGCCGGAGGUCAGCGAGGUCGCCGGCGGCUCGCUCCGUGAGCACCGUCUACCCGAGAUCAUCCAGAACAUGCGCGCUCACGGGCUGAUCAAGGCGCGCGAGGCGUCAACAGCCGAGACGGCAGCGGAGGAGGAGCCGCUGUACCCUCAUCUCUUGCCCCAUGAGAGCCUGGGCCAUUUACAGUGGUACGCCGACCUUCGCCGAUGGGGGAGCGCGCCGCAUGGAGGAUACGGGCUGGGAUUCGACCGAUUCGUGAGUUAUCUAGCUGGAGUAUCAAGUGUGCGGGAUGUGGUGGCUUUCCCUCGAUACUUCGGCCGGGCGGACUGUUGA